AUGAGUGGGUGGGAUGCUGAUGUGACCAUGAACGGGGUGAUGUGGAUUAAAAAGGGUGAUGAGGAUUAUAACAUCCUUGCUGGCACUUCCAAGUCAUCAACUGAGCUUUUGGUGACUCCACAGGAUAUUUACCCUUUCCUUCACCUCUCUCUCUCUCUUUCUCUCUCUCAGCUCUACUGUCCAUUCGUGGUGACCAAAACCCAAGAUCUUCACAUCCUCUUCUUUCCAUACAUUGCACCAGGCCACAUGCUCCCCAUGAUCAACAUGGCCAAGUUGUUUGCCAACCGUGGAGUAAGAACCACCAUCCUCACCACCCCUGCUAACACUUUCCUUCUCAAACCCAUCAUUUCAAACUCCCCACUAGAACUAGCCCUAAUUCCCUUCUCUUUUACCACAGCAACAGGCCUCCGUGAAGGCUAUGAAAACCUCACCACCCUCCCCUCACAAGACCUCAUCCCCAACUUCAAGCAAGCCGUCUCCAUGCUCUCCCAACCCUUCCACCAAACCUUCACACAACACCACCCCAAAGUAAUCAUAAUUGACAUCUUCCUUCCUUGGACCAUUGAAAUCACAUCCAAGCUCACCAUCCCCCAACUAAUUUUUAAUGGCACUGGCUUCUUUCCUUUGUGUCUCAUUACCAUCCAACAAAUCUAUAAUCCUUACCAGACCUUGCAAGCUAAAACCAAGUCCUUCUUGGUUCCUAGAAUCCCUCAAUGGAUUGAGCUACUCAAGACUCAAGUUCUAGAUAUAUGCAAAACAAACAAAGAGCGUCAAGAUUUCUUCCUUCAUGUUAAGGAGGCAGAGAAGAGAAGUUACGGCGUGGUGAUGAAUAGUUUCUAUGAGCUGGAACCGGACUACGUUGAACACUACCGCACAGUCACUAGAUGUCGAGCUUGGCACAUCGGUCAUGUGUCUUUGUGCAAUGAGAACAUGAUCAAUAGUGAUGAUAGAAAUCAUGAGUGUUUGUGUUGGCUUGAUCUGAAGGAACCUGAAUCUGUUCUAUAUGUUUGUUUUAGAAGCUUGUCUAGCUUCUCCGGUGAGCAGAUACGUGAGAUGGCUUUGGGUCUUGAAGCUUCUAAUCAUGCAUUCAUUUGGUCAUUGAUAUUGAAUCAUAAAGUUGUUGGUGGGUUCAUGAUUCACUGUGGAUGGAACUCCACUCUUGAAGAUGUGUUGAAGAUUGGUGUUGCUGUUGGGAUGAAGGAACAUGUGAUGAGGCCUGAGGAUAGGCCUUUGAUUCAUUGGAUAAAUAUAGAGAGAGUUGUGAGCUGCAUGACCAGUAUUGGUGGGGUUAAAGCUGAGGCCAUGAGGAUGAGAGCUAGAAAGCUGAGAGAGAUGGCAAAGAGUGCUAUCAUGGAGGAUGGCUCUUCUUAUACUGAGUUAACUUAG